ACGCUCCCACCUUCAGCCGGCCUCGGUCCACACCAUGGCCACCUGCUGGCAGGGCCUGUGGGCCUAUCGCUCCUACCUGAUUGUGCUCUUCCUGCCCAUUGUCCUGCUGCCUCUACCCAUCCUUGUCCCCGCCAAGGAAGCCUACUGCGCCUACGCCAUCAUCCUCAUGGCCCUCUUCUGGUGCACGGAGGCUCUGCCCCUGGCCGUCACGGCGCUCUUCCCCCUGGUCCUGUUCCCCAUGAUGGGCAUCAUGGAUGCCUCCCAGGUCUGCAUCGAGUACCUAAAUGACACCAACGUCCUGUUCAUCGGGGGGCUGCUGAUGGCCAUCGCGGUGGAGCACUGGAACCUGCACAAGCGCAUCGCCCUCCGUGUGCUCCUCUUGGUCGGUGUGCGGCCUGCCCUGCUGAUCCUGGGCUUCAUGGUGGUCACGGCCUUCCUGUCCAUGUGGAUUAGCAACACGGCCACCACGGCCAUGAUGGUGCCCAUCGCCCACGCCGUCCUGGAGCAGCUGUACAGCAACCCGGGCGACAAGAGCGCCAAGGAGGGCAGCGAAAACCCUGCCUUCCAGCUCCAGGAGCCAACCGCCCGGAAAGAAGGGGCCCAGCUUGAUAAUGGGCAGGUCCGCCCUGCCCUGCCUGCACCCUCCCCGGCCUCGGCACAUCACAGCCAGCAGCAGCUCCGCUUUACCCAGGGCAUGAGCUUGUGCGUGUGCUACUCGGCCAGCAUCGGAGGCAUAGCCACCCUGACUGGCACCACCCCCAACCUGGUGCUGCAAGGCCAGAUCAACUCGCUCUUCCCCGAAAAUGGCAACGUGGUGAACUUUGCGUCCUGGUUUGGCUUUGCCUUCCCUACCAUGAUCAUCCUGCUGCUGCUUGCCUGGCUGUGGCUGCAGAUCCUCUUCCUGGGCUUUAACUUCCGGAAGAACUUCGGCAUCGGGGGAGAGGCUCGGGAGCAGGAACAAGCCGCCUUCCGCGUCAUCCAGAGGGAGCACCAGCUGCUGGGCCCCAUGGCCUUUGCAGAAUUCGCGGUCACCAUCCUCUUUGUCACCCUGGUGCUGCUGUGGUUCACCCGGGAACCAGGCUUCUUCCUUGGCUGGGGGAACCUGGCUUUUCCCAACGCCCAAGGGGAGAGCAUGCUGUCCGACGGGACAGUGGCCAUGUUCAUUGGCCUAAUUUUGUUCAUCGUGCCCUCCAACUUCCCAGGACUGACCCAAGACCGAGAAAACCCAAGGAAGCUGAGAGCCCCUCCUGCCCUCCUCAACUGGAAGACGGUGAAUGAGAAGAUGCCCUGGAACAUAGUGUUCCUGCUGGGCGGUGGCUUUGCUCUAGCCAAGGGCAGUGAGGAAUCCGGCCUGUCCACCUGGCUGGGGGCCAAACUGACCCCACUGCAGAACGUGCCGCCCCCUGCCAUCGCCUUCAUCCUCUGCCUCCUGGUCGCCACCUUCACCGAGUGCACCAGCAACGUGGCCACCACCACGCUCUUCCUGCCCAUCCUGGCCUCCAUGGCUCGUGCCAUCUGCCUUCACCCGCUCUAUGUCAUGCUGCCCUGCACGCUGGCCGCCUCCCUGGCCUUCAUGCUGCCUGUCGCCACCCCACCCAAUGCCAUCGUCUUUUCCUUCGGGGGCCUCAAGGUGACCGACAUGGCCCGGGCAGGAUUCCUGCUCAACAUCAUCGGGGUGCUGGUCAUCACGCUGGCCAUCAACAGCUGGAGCAAGCCCAUCUUCAGUCUGGACGCCUUCCCCUCCUGGGCCCACAUCGACAAUGACACAGACCACUGCCUGUCUAACUUUGUCCCCAACAUCACAACACCCCAGCCCUAGUCUCUAGACCGGGUUACAGCCUGGUCAGAUCCAUGGAGACCCACUCCCAUUCCCCUUGCUCCGAGCCAGGAGGGGAUACCCCAAGCUCCAAGGCCCACGCCAAAGGCUGCGAGGUCCGUGUGCACAUCGGGUGAUGUAAAGAAUGUGUGUGUGUGGUGUGUGUAUGUGUGUGUGUGUGUGUGUUUGAUCUGCGCGUCUGAGAAGUG